AGAGAGAGAGAAGGCCGCUUGAGAGAGGGAGAAUGUUGGAGGCGGGAGCGGAGGGGAGGACGUUAGAGUUCACGUCGACCUGGGUGGUGGCCGUGGUUUGUUGCGUGCUGGUGCUGAUUUCUUUCCUCGUUCACAGGUUUCUUCAAUGCGUCGGGCAGCUUUUAACCAGGCCGUACACGAAAGGCCCGAGAACCGGCAAGGGCAGGCGAAAGCAUCUCUUUGAUGCCUUACAGAAGAUCAAAGACGAAUUGAUGCUUUUGGGGUUCACAUCCUUGCUGCUAUCGGUGUCCCAGACAAGAAUCGGGAAGAUUUGCAUAUUGGAGAGACAUGCCAACGUCUGGCUUCCCUGCCACAAGCCUACUAACUCUUCUUCCACCACCACUGCCCACUCGGCUAAUCCCAUCGCUUCCCAUGGACAUCAAGGACGCCGACUCCUCACCGGCGCCACAGAUUACUGCGGUCGAAAGGGGAUGGUGCCUCUGUUAUCACUCACAGCACUUCACCAUCUACACAUCUUCAUAUUUAUGCUAGCAACCUUUCACGUGAUCGUCUGUGUGAUCAUUAUUCUAUGUGGAGAAGCAAAGUUACACCAUUGGAGGCAGUGGGACAAAUCCAUCAUAAAGGACGGUCAUUACAUCAAAGAAGAGGGUACGCAAUUCUUUCUAUUGAAUCUUUUCCUUUUUCCCGAAUCUUCGCAGCUUGCUGACCCAGCUUCCCAAAAAGAUAGUAACGGAGGCAAAAGAUGUCCAGUAAUUGGCUGGUUGCAUAUAUUUUUCAAGCACAUUUUUUCUUCCUUGACUAAGUUAGAGUACAUUACGAUCCGUGUAAACUGCAUCGAGGCGCAAGAUUUGAAAACUCCCGAGGACGAUUUUCAGAAGUACAUCAUUGGCAGUGUGCAAAAGGAUUUCGACAAAGUUGUUGGAAUCAGUUGGUAUUUGUGGUUACUCGCAGUGCUUUUCUUGCUCCUCAAUAUUGCUGGAUGGAAUGCCUACUUUUGGAUAUCUUUCCUUCCAUUGACUCUUCUGCUUGCUGUCGGCACGAAACUGGAGCACAUAGUAAAACAGUGGACCAAAAAGAUCAUAAAGAAGUCUGAUUUAAGUACAGGGGGCUCAGAAUCGACAGUUACCGCCAUUGAAUUUUCAGAAGAAGAUUUCUGGUUCCAUAAGCCUCAUCUUGUCCUUGACCUGAUUCACAUCAUACUCUUCCAAAACUCUUUCCAACUUGCUUUUUUCUUCUUUGUAUUGUACCAAUAUCAUUUAAGCUCAUGUAUUAUGGGAGAGGUUGGCUACGUCAUCCCAAGACUUGUCAUAGGAGUGUGUGUCCAGCUUAUCUGCAGCUAUAGAACACUGCCCCUAUAUGCCAUUAUGAAAUCACAGAUGAGACCAAAGAAUCGACAAAAAAGAAGAAGUUAAUGAAGAUUGUGACUUUCAUUUGGGACAACAUUGACAAGUGGAAUGAAAGGAAGAUGGCUACUAAUAAUGGAUCAACCCGAGGGGGCUCAAGUGAGGGAAUAGUGGCAAAUGAGCAGGCAAAGGUUGGUGAAAUUGAGCCAGAGAAGGAAGCAGACAUUGAAUUACAAGAUGGAACCAAUCCUGCACGUACAUUAAAACCAGGAGAACAGCAAUUGGUUUAGUUGUAUAAGUUUUCUUGUCUUUGGGUCCUUGCGUAGUACUUGGCCAAUGAUGAGACUUGAGUCAUCUUCAUCUUCUUCUGUCAAGUCAUUAAACUUUGAAUUACCCCCGUCAUUUAUUAGGGUUUCACAGGGGGCCAUAGUCCUGGAAUCCAUCACCGGACACUUGAUGGAAUCGUGAAUAAGAUGAACCCGUUGGAGAUUGGUUGGUGUUGCCGCAAAAGCUAUAGUAGAUCAGAACCAGAAUUUCUUUUAGAUUACCAAACCGUUGUGUACGUAGGUUUUCUAAGGCAUUAGAAAGUUGAGUAGAAUGAAGGUUUGUGGUCGAGCCGCAUCAUC